AUGUUACUUACCAGUGCUGUUGGUGACCGUUUCAUCAACUUGUAUUCGAUAUCCAAGGGAACUCCACAGGCCGUCUUUGUAGCGCUGGAGAAUAUCAGCCAGGUCCAGCUUGGAGUGAACAAAAAUCAUUCAAUCUUGACAGCAAUCACAGACAGCGGUGUGGUGGAGAUUUUCAACAACCCUUUGAGUUCCGAAGGUGCCAUACCCGUGGGAAAGAAGAAGCGGAGACAGCAAGCUUCUGCGGUACAAUCCAGAACACCAACCAGUAGCAUCAAACUUACAAGGCCAAAAGAUCAAAUUAAGAACACAUUGGAUGCAAAUUUGGCAAUUCAUGCUGUUGCUUGCACCGAUAGUGUCAUAUUCUACUCAUGGCUUGAGAAUGCUAGCGUACCUCAAGUCGACUCUCUUAAGUGGUUGGUGAAAGGUGAAAUUUCUACCGUGACACCUCUAGUGCUAGAAAAAGCCAAGGUUGAUACCUCUACUGCUCAUGUUCAAAAUGGGCACGAUGUUGCAGCCGCAACACAUUACAACGAGGGAAACGCUAUUGUGAGUGAAGGUAUAAUGCAAACGGCUGACCAAGAUAGCGAAGACGAAGAGGAAGAAACCUUGGCAGAAAGAUUAGAAAAGAUCUCCACUGACAAGAGUAUCAGCUCCAAGAAGAAACGAAAUGUACAUAAUUCAGCUGGAACCUUGUCGGUUAUUCUUACUCAGUCGUUGAGGAAUAACGACCAUUCGUUAUUAGAAACCGUGUUGGCUAACACAGACCCAGAAGUCAUCAAGAACACGAUAUCCCGUAUCAAUGCUGUUUCUGCGGUUCAACUACUUGAACGGAUAGCGGAAAGAAUUGCUAGACAAGUAUAUCGUUUCGACCAAUUGAGCUCAUGGUUAAAGUGGGUCAUAGUGAUCCAUGGCACUGUGCUCACCAAUAUGCCAGGUCUUGAGUCUAAACUCGCCAGUUUACAUGCUACUCUUACGAAAAAGGCGGAUACACUUCCCAGACUUUUGGAGAUUCAAGGUCGACUUCGUAUGAUUGAGCAACAAAAUGAACUCAAGCGGGAAAUUCUCGAGGACAGCGACAGUGAAGACGGAGAAGAAUUGAGUGAUGUCGAGUACUUUGAAGCACUUGACGACGCUGAAGCUAAUGGUGAUGCCGAUUUGUUGAACGGAGAUGUUUCCAACAGCGAUGAGAGCGGUAGUGAGAGAGAUACAGACAAUGAAGAAGGAGACGAGAUUUUCUCGGAUGGUGGUGACGAUAUGGACGGUUAUAGCGACAUAGAAGCAGAAGGCUAA